CAGAAUGUUGAGGAACGGUUAGGGUAUUUUUAGCAGCCGAUAGUGCGAAAGAACGUGCCAUACCACUUGUAUAUCUAGCAUUCACUUUAGAUUUGAAUUGUCUAGCCCUUUGAUUGCAUUUUAUUAGCUAAGCAAUACGGGACAUCGAGCUAGUCAGACAACCAACCAAAGUUUGAUCUUUGAUAUUAGCCUUGCCUAUGCUAGCUAGCUCAGCCAAAGUCAAAGAAAGAGUCCAACAUUGCCCAUGUCAUGGCAUGCUCACGGCGUGAGCGGACUGUGUGAUUCAGAAUGGGGGAAAAGCCGAUUUGGGAACAGAUAGGAUCCAGUUUUGUGCAACAUUACUACCAGCUGUUUGACACGGACAGGACCCAGCUUGGAGCAAUAUAUAUCGAUGCAUCAUGCCUUACAUGGGAGGGACAGCAAUUCCAGGGAAAAGCAGCGAUUGUUGAGAAACUUUCUACUCUCCCCUUCUUAAAAAUAGCUCACAGUAUAACAGCACAAGACCACCAACCCACACCUGACAGCUGUAUAAUGAGUAUGGUAGUAGGACAAUUAAAAGCUGAUGAGGACCCCAUCAUGGGAUUUCAUCAGAGUUUCAUCCUGAAGAACAUUAAUGAUGCCUGGGUAUGCACCAAUGACAUGUUCCGGCUCGCGCUGCACAAUUUUGGCUAAGGACACCAGAAGUGGGCAGAGUGGAUAUAAGGGAAGGCUGAGGAUGGGGGAAGUCUUGCAGAGACACCUAAACGCCCAACCUCCUCUCUGUAUCAUCCAUACCUGUUUGAGAAAUUACACCGGAUUCCAGAUGUCAAUCACAGAGACAUGCAGGCACAUAGGCUACAUGCCUUCAACUGAAAUUAGAUCUGUUCCUUUGCUGAGAGUUCACAGAUCCAUCAGAGUCCCUUUCCCUACGCUGACCUGCAUGAUGCUGGGGAGCUUAAAUAUCUGAAGAUGGCAGACAAGGAAAAAAAUGUAACAAUUUACCUUCACCAUUUUAGUUUUAUGUUCGGACUCAAUGUCUUAUAUCCUCAUGUUUUCUCAUCGUACUCCCGUGUGUUAUCAGCUUACCUUAUUGUAUACAACUAAAUCUCUUUAAAAGUUUAAUUUAACAUUCAUUGUUAUGUCAGGUUGCUCUAGCAAUCCAAAUAAUCAUAGAAAAUAUUAUCAAUAACAUCCUUAGACCAGCAAGCUUCCCAUUUCCUCCUCAUGCUCUCUGUGACAAUGAAUACAAAAGCCAUGAUACACAAUAAACCGUUUACUUUUUCUUAAUGUGA